AUGUUACCUCAAGAAGAAUUUCUCUUGGAACAUGGCUAUCAAAAAGUAAAAAACGUUCCAAUUGAUGCUAUUCGGAAAUUAGCUCGUCUUGUUAUAACAGAAAAUGUUUUUACAUACGAAAAAAAGUUCUAUCGACAAGUAGUUGGUGGUGCAAUGGGAUCUGCAUUCACUCUAACUUUAGCAAAUAUCUUCAUGUGGAAGUGGGAAAAACAACUUGUUCUUCACCAAAUAGCUUCAAAUGAAAUCUAUAGCAGGUGAGUUUCACUCUUUCAUUUAAAUACUACGUUAGUUGAACAUUCAUUUGAAUAUUCUUUUUCAUAGAUAUAUGGACGACAUCAUCAUCACAUCAAACGAAUCUUUGGAGAACAUCAAUCAAUUGUUAGAUAAAGCCAAUGCUCUUCAUCUAAAUAUUUAAACUGGUGCGUGAAAUUGGUACGAGUGUAUCAUUUCUCGAUGUUCACAUCGAGAAUAAAAAUGGAACGUUAGCAACAACGGUUUAUCACAAAGAAGCAACUGAACCAUACGUCGUUCUUUUUGAAUCUGAUCAUCCAAACAU